GAGAAGAGCCAACGACCGCUGCUCCUCCAUCGCCUCUCGAUCGGCGGCAGUGAAUCAUGUUUCGGCGUCUCCUGUUGCAGCAUCCCCGCCGUGGCGUCGCCACUGGCUUCCUCGCUCUCACCGCCUUCACUCUCGGUUCCUCCGACGGCCCCUCCCUCCCCACAAAUGUCGCCAUUUCGAUAUGCGAUCCGUUUCGGCAAUUUCUGUCUUCGACUUCGUCGAUUUUCUCGCAAGAUUUCACGCUUCCAUUCUCAGUCUUUUCUCCAGAGUUUUUUGCACGGCAUUUUCCAACCGCGUGCCCUCUUCCACCUCCGGAUUCAAGUAAGGACGUGGCAUGCUGCAGUGGAUGCCUCAAAAGGAACUCUAUUGUCAAAGCGGCCGCGGCAGCUGGUCCUUCCGUGGUGAAUAUAUGUCUUACUGAAGAUGUAUAUGGUCCUAUGCCUAUAAUGGGUAUAGGGUCUGGCACUAUCAUUGAUCCUGAUGGGACGAUCUUGACCUGUGCACAUUGCAUAGCAGACUUUUCUAGUAGGCAAGUGAUCUCAAAAGGCAAAAUUGUCGUGACUUUACCAGAUGAACGUACAUUUGAGGGCAUUGUGGUAAAUGCUGAUUUUGUUUCUGACGUUGCUGUGGUGAAGAUACAUUCUGAAACUCCACUACCGUCAGCUAGACUUGGAUCAUCAUCUAAGCUUCAUCCAGGUGACUGGGUAAUAGCCUUGGGCCACCCCCUUUCUCUGCAAAAUACCAUAACAUCUGGUAUUGUAAGUUGUGUUGAUCGGAAAAGUAGUGAUUUGGGUCUUGAAGGAAUUCGAAGGGAGUAUUUGCAAACAAAUUGUGCAAUUAAUGAGGGUAAUUCUGGAGGACCCCUUGUCAAUCUUGAUGGUGAGGUUGUAGGUGUUAACAUUAUGAAAGUUAUUACAGCUGAUGGAUUGAGCUUUGCAGUUCCAAUUGAUACGGUCAUCAAAAUCUUUGAGCAAUUUAGGAAGAAUGGGAGUAGAGUAGUUCGUCCUUGGCUUGGAUUGAGCAUGUUUGAUCUUAAUGAAAGGAUAAUUUUACAGUUAAAGGAGAGAGAUGCUUCAUUUCCUAAUGUUACAAAAGGUGUUCUUGUGCCCCUGGUAAUUCCAGGAUCUCCGGCAGAUCGUGCAGGAUUCCAACAGGGUGAUAUUGUAAUUGAGUUUGGUGGCAGACCAAUUAGAGAGAUUAAAGAGAUUAUGGAUAUCGUGGAGGAUAAAGUUGGGGUGCCUCUGGAAGCUCUGGUGAAGCGAUCGAACAACAAAACGGUCACAUUGACUGUAGUGCCAGAGGAAGCUUACACAGAUAUGUGAGAUAUUACAGAAAUAUUGGCAAUUUUUUCCCAUUGUCACAAUCUACCAGUUUAUUUGAUACACAAGUUAGGCCAUUCAUUUUUUACAAUGAUGAGAGUUCAAGCGUGUUGUAUUGUCUCUUUAGUUUUGAGUUAGUUCGUCAUGGCUAAUAACUGUAAAAUUUGAUGUGUAUUCUGUAAACAGUUAAUAAAAGAUGAACCUAGGAUACACAAGUUAGGCCAUUCAUUUUUUGAUACUGAUGAGACUUCAAGUGGGUUGUAUUCUAUCUUUAAUUUUGUUUGGAGUAGUCCUCAGCCAUGGUCGAUAACUGUAAAAUUU